AUGGAUUUGAACGAGAGUGUCGUCCACUUUUCUCGUGCCAACGGUGGUAUUGCAAAGCUUGACAAUUUCGGUGACACUGCUCUCAGCUUGAAAUGCCUUGGAAGCAACGCAGGGAGAUUGAUGGGGAGUUCUCACCAUAACCAUAAGCUUUGCUCUGAUGUUUCUAUCUGUCCUGAUGAUGGUUGCCGCUUGGUUCUCGGUUUAGGUCCAACACCGCCUUCGUUUUGCUACAAUGUCAGGGUUAAUAACAACAAGAAAGUUUCAGCUUCUUCUGGGAGUGUUCAGGAACUCUCAUCAGGAGGUAACUCAAUUCUGCAACUUGGUCCUCCAGCUGCAACCAUGGAUACUUUCAGCGGACUUGACUGUUCGUUGCUGACAUAUACAGAGAGUAACGUGUCUCAGCCUGUUGUUGACGAAGGUUCUACCUCUGCUAAGCGGUCAGGUGGCUACAUGCCAUCGCUUCUUUUCGCUCCAAGAACAGAGAACGUUAGACAGCCUUCAAGAAUGCAGGAGUGUAGUACUGCUUAUAACUCACAGAUGAGCCAUGAGUCAGAGUUCUCUGUUGGUGCUUUCUCUGAGAGGACGGCCUCUGCCACGUCUUCUCAGCACAGGACGAGCAACCCUAAAAAGUGCAAGUUCAUGGGAUGUGCGAAAGGAGCUAGAGGAGCAUCUGGUCUCUGCAUUGGCCAUGGAGGUGGGCAGAGAUGCCAAAAAGCAGGCUGCAACAAAGGUGCUGAGAGCAAGACUACUUUCUGCAAAGCACAUGGAGGAGGGAAGAGAUGCCAGCACUUGGGAUGUACAAAGAGCGCUGAAGGGAAAACAGAUUUCUGCAUAUCUCAUGGAGGUGGAAGACGGUGUGGAUUCCCUGAAGGAUGCGCUAAGGCUGCACGUGGCAAGUCCGGUUUAUGCAUCAAGCAUGGUGGUGGUAAAAGGUGUAGGAUCGAAGGCUGUACAAGAAGCGCUGAAGGACAAGCUGGACUCUGUAUCUCCCACGGUGGUGGCCGGCGUUGUCAGUCUUCAGGCUGUACAAAAGGUGCUCAAGGAAGUACAAACUACUGCAAAGCUCACGGUGGUGGGAAACGCUGUAUAUUCGCUGGAUGUACGAAGGGAGCUGAAGGAAGUACUCCGCUGUGUAAAGCACACGGUGGAGGAAAACGCUGUAUGUUUGAUGGAGGUGGGAUUUGUCCUAAAAGCGUGCACGGUGGGACGAGUUUCUGUGUUGCUCACGGUGGUGGGAAGAGGUGUGUUGUGGCAGGGUGCACGAAGAGCGCUCGUGGUAGGACUGAUUGCUGUGUGAAGCACGGUGGUGGGAAACGGUGCAAGUCUGUUGGGUGUGAGAAGAGUGCGCAAGGUAGCACUGACUUCUGCAAGGCACACGGUGGAGGGAAACGGUGCUCGUGGGGAGGAGAUUGGAAAUGCGAGAAGUUUGCUAGAGGGAAGAGUGGUUUAUGCGCUGCGCAUAACAGUAUGUCUCAGGAGAAAGCUGGAAGCAAGAUUGGUUUGAUUGGACCUGGACUCUUCCGUGGCCUUGUCUCCACUUCUUCUCAAACCACAACUACUACCACUACCACUACUGAUCAUUCUCAGUCUGGAGUCAGUGCGGUUUCUGAUUGCACGGACUCCAUUGACCGCACGCCGCAGCUGCAUCAUCAACAUCCUGAGAAAAGACAGAAGGUAAUGAUACCAAUGCAGGUUCUUGUGCCUCCAUCAAUGAAGUCCUUAAGCUUCUCAAAUGCUGAGAGACCUGAAACGGAGACAAACAAUAAGAGUAGCAGCAGUGGGAGGAACAUAUUUGACUUUAUGAUUCCGGAGGAGAGAGUUCAUGGUGGCGGGCUUAUGUCUCUGCUUAAUGGUAGCCUGAGAAACAAACACUCCAUUGAUGGAAUUUGA